UUUCUUGCAAUAAACAAAAAAAAAGAAAAGAAAGUAAAGCGACAAGCGACAUGAUUCUAGAAUAAUGCUGUGUGUUUAUUGAUCUGAUGACAUCAUCCCUCUGCUGAUUUUCGUCUUGGGUCCUGACUGGCUCAUUAUAGGAUGGUGCUGAGGUUUAAGUAAGAGAUUUUUAACGUUUAAAAAUCUAGACAAAAGGCAAGAUAACAAAAUGUCUACUGUGUGCAGCUGGUUCAGUAUUCUUUGCUUGAGAGAAACUCAGAAAAAGAAAACUGUCCAGCAUCGCAUACAUCCCAACAGACAAGCUUAUGAUGCCAUUGUUGUCUGGAAGGGCAAAGAAAACCAAAAGGCCAAACAAGGUGGCAUUAGUUUUGAUGUCAUACUGAAGCCUGCAUCAGUAGAAAGUCCCAAAGCUCCAGUACAGUUGUCUCCACGAGAUGUUAAGAAACGAGAAUUGUCCCAGGAGCAGCUUGAAAACAAGCUCAAGAAGGCUGAGGAACGCAGAAGUCUUAUUGAGCAAGAAAGAAUGGAACAGCUGGCUAAGGAGAGACAGAAAGCCAUUGAGGUUGUUACAAAAGCCCAGAGUGAAAAUGAGCAGUUCUCCAAGAAAACUCAAGAAAAGUUGAGGCGCUCCAUGGAGAUUAGGCGAGAGAACAGGGAGACACAGAUUAGGGCCCUCCAAGAGAGGCUCAGGGAACAUUCUUUAAAAGUUCAAGAGAUUCAGAAGGCUGGAGAAGAGAUGGUGAAAGAGUUUGAGGCUAAGACAGAAAUGAAGCUUUCCCAGAAAAUGGAGACUUACGAAGAGAACCGACAGAAUCAGUUAAAGGGUAUGCUGGCUAAGCUGCAAGAACAUGCAAACCACAUUAAUGAAGUUUGUCAAGCAAGUGAGAAUCGAGGUCCUUCAACAGAUGAUCUGCAAGAACAGCUUGUACAGAAAAUGGAAAAUGCCCUGAAAAACAGAGAGGAACAGCUCAGAAAUUUGCAGGAGAGAUUGGCUGAACAUGAGAAUCGUAUCAAGGAAGUUCAGCGAAAAAAGCUUAUUUCUGAAUCUGAGACUGAGAAAUAAAUGACAACUUUCACAACUUUCAAGAUAUUAGAGCAUAAACUAAAUUAGGAUUAAACAUUCUGUUUUUAGGCCAGAAGGAAAAAUUUGAUCAAUUUCAAAGAUUUUUUUUUAUCUGGGUCAUUUUUUGUACAUGUUUAUCUGGGAAUUAUUUUUUUUAAACAAUUAAUUGAACAGUAGGUAAAAUAAAAAAUUUGUUAAAAAAAAAUACUAAAAAAAAAAAAUAACCAUGUGUUUGUGUAAUUAUUUUGUUAAUACUAUUGUCUAGGUAGGGUCAACUGUGUCAAAACUGAACUUGCCGAAUAGGACUAGUUUGGAAGUAGCUAGAUAAUUACUUUUUUUUUUUUUUUGUUCAUUUAAUGGCAUUGUAUUUCUUACAUUUUUAUUUUGCUACGGGAAAAGCACAUCAGUGUUUUGUUACGUAAAGGGAAUAUAAAUAUAUAUAUAAAUACGUUUAAUCCGUUGACGUUUGUGUUCAGUUUUAUUGUUACAAUGUUUGAACGUUUAAAAUAUUUGUACGACUUUGUAUACAACAACCGAAAGAAUUCCAGUCUUAAACCAGCACGCCAGUCAGAGUUGUUCACUGUCAUAUUCAAAACAUUUCAUCUUCUCAUUUGUUUGUUUAUUGUAGCCUCCAGUUUAUUCAACAAUAUCCAUGUGCUGUAUCUUUUGCCCCCCUAAUUGCCUUAUUGACUUGACCCUCAAAAGUUUUUUGUUUUUGUCUAAUUGCACACUAAUUGCUAUUUAUACAAUUAUUUGCUGAGGUGUGUACCAUCUGUAGAGUCUCUUCCAGUUCAGCAUUUUGGCUUUUUUUGUUUUGGUCAACAACUCUAGUUGUUUGUGUUUAAAUAGACAUCUUAUUAGUGUUGUGAGAAGCUGCUUGUUAACUACAAUUUUCAAUCUGGAGCUAGAGCAAUAGUUUUUUUUGUUUUUUUUUACUACUUUAUUAACUGCUGGGGCUUGAUGUAUUUUUGAAAUGUGUGUGCAAGUCGUUCAAUGGUAGUUGCAGUCUGUAGUGAAUGCUACUCACCAUUGUUUUGUAUAGGUCUCAAUCAAAAUCAGACAUGCAAGUGUGGAGACAUUAUUUGUAUGUGUGUGUGUUUCAAUAAUGAACAACUAUUGUUUCAUUUUGGGCUUUUUUCUGUUAUAUGUUGCUACAGCCAUUAGUUGUCAUUACUUAUAAUAAAAUUGUUGAAGGUAUUGCCUGCUAAAAAAAAUCAUACUUUCUGACUAGAAUUUUGUUAAAUCAUGUUUUGUUUUUUGUUUAACUUACUGCCAUGUUAGUUUGGCUCAAUGUGAUAUAUAGGCACCAGCUUGAUCUGUUUAAUUCAAAUCAAAAUUAUUUUUUUUCAUCCCCGAUCUUUGGAUCUCCUUCUCAAUAUUAAUUGAUUAACUAUUCCAAUGUUUUAUGUUAGUACUUAACCUUGAUGGGAACUAUUUCAAUCAUCUUUACUGAUAAUUCUAUAUGUGCUGAAUAUUUGCUUAUUAAAAAUUUUUGUGUGUGCAUAUUUUUAACACUUUUUUUUUUUUUUGUGCUCUGAACACAUUUUGAAAACAAGAAAUUUUUAAAUAAUAAAAAAAAAAACAAUUUUUUCUUUUGGAAUUUAGACAUCUUCCAUAUUUAAUUGAUUUACCCUACUAGCACAAUUAUACUAAGAGUGAAUAGUUAGCUAGUCACCACAAGUCUGUUUUUUUUUUAUUUAUGAAUGUCCAUACCAAUUUUUGGGUAAUAACUCGUAUAAUCAUAUUACAGUAUAAAGUGGAACUUAAAUGGUUCCCAUUGAAUACCAAUGUUUUUUUUUCCAUUCUACUUAUAUUGUUAUGGAACAUAUUUCCUUAGUACUGUUUUUUAUUUUUACUAUGGUUAGAUUGAUCAAAGUGUAUAGCUUACCUGAUUGGCUUAUUCAAUGUCAGAGAGCUCAGUUUAACAGUAUUCACUUGUCUUUAUUAUGCAUUUAUUAGUUCCUUUAAAAGAGCAUGCAAUUUUCAGUUAUCAAUAAACUUUUACAGCCAAAAUUGUUA